UAUUUAUCCUUAAAUUCAAAUUAUAAGUCAGCAAUGUGCCAUCCCAUGCCACAGUAACGUCUCAACUGUCUCUGCUUCAACUUUUACUUUUCCUUUUUCCCAAUUUCAUGCCUAUAAAUACCCUUCAAUAACUCAUCAAAUCAAACCUCACCACCAAAACAUCAAAGUACCACUUUUUUCUCUCUCUCUGUUUCAAACAUUAUAAGCAAAAAACAACAAAAACAAAAACAAAAACAAAAAAAUGGUUUGUUUUUGUUUCUUAGUAGAUCAAACAAAACAGGUGUGCAAGAGCAAACCCGCCGCCGGAAUAUGUUCGCGUUGCGGCGGCGGAGCUAGUGUAGCAGACAUGAAGACUGCUACACGGUUUUGCUAUGUUCCCUUUUAUUGGAAAAAUUGGAGAGCUAUUAUGUGUACAUUUUGCGGUGCAAUUCUUCGCUCUUAUCGAUGAAAUACGUCGUUAGAAUUUUACAUUGGUUGAAGAAAUGAAACGUAACGUAAUCUUUUAAUUAUGACUUUAUUAAAUA